AUGGCAGACCCAGUAUGGAGACAGCGUCGUCGAAAAGACUUUGAAAAUGCUAAAGCACAGUGUCUUGGGAAGCGUGACAAGUCCUUUGCUGGAAGAAUCGACCCUCAUGCCGUCGAUAUUUGUGGAUUGAUCAAUGAACGUGACGAAUAUUACACCACCUCUUCGUGUGCUGGGAGAUGUUUCAUGUACUGUGGCGAAGGAGUCAAGGCAACCAACGACUUUGUCAGAUUUCGAAUCAGUCAUGAGCAAGUCAAAGAGCCGGACCGAUAUUUUAAUCUACAGACUAUUGAUGCCGAUCCGACAGGCGGCGGGGAUCCAAUUCGAACAAUUGGUCAAUAUGAGAAUUCACUGGGAGAUAAGCAGGGCACAAUCAUCGAUAAUGAAGAGAAAAAGACGAAGCUUAGUGACCUUAUUUGGUUUCGCUUUGAGCCCUUUAUUCUUCAUGUGGCAUGUCAAUCUUUGUCUGCAGCCAAUGCGUUGAUGAAUGCAGCUCGUCCUUCGUUUAAGAAUGUCGGAUUGACCACAUGGAAGGACAGUCGAUAUCUAGUAGCCAUUUGGGGAGACGAAGGAUUAGAAAUGCCACUGACAACACCCACUGGUCGCCCAUUGCACGAUGAUCCCGUUUGGCUAUCCGAACUGGUCAAUGGACAGCAUGAAAGAAACUGGGGCAAGAUUGAUCGAUUCUGUCAAACCAUGCGGGAAAUGCCAGCAUUAACUGAAAAAGAUAUUGCCGACGAGGACGCACUAGAAGAACUGAUGACAGAGAAUGUUCCCAAGAGUUUUGACGUAAUUGGAGACAUUGCCUACUUGCAUUCCAUGCCCGAAGGGGAUGCCAAUGCUGUUGGAAAGGCAAUCAUGAAAAAGAACAAGCACAUCAAGGUAGUUGUCGCACGACAAAACAAUCUAGAAGGCACUGAAAGAGCUCCUGGGACCGAUGGUUUGAAAACUAUUGCAGGCGCCGAACGAGACCCAAUUAUUACAACUCACGUUGAAUAUGGAAUCAAAUGCGUUGUCGAUCUGAACCACACCUUCUUUAGUCCCCGAAUGGGACAAGAACGAUUGCGAAUUUGCCAACAAGUUGCAAGGGGAGAAGACGUCCUCGUUUUGUUUUCUGGAGUAGGUAUGGACGCUUUGCAACUAGCAGGCCGCACCGAGGCCUCCUCAGUGAUUGCUGUGGAAUUAAAUGAAAUUGGGGUUCAAUGUUUGAAGCGAGCCCAUCGCAUGUUGGAACGCAACAAGACUGUCAAGUGUGCAGGGGCGUCGGAUCGUUUGCAAAUUUUGCACGGAGAUGUCAUGGAGAUUUUGCCUCGGGAUCUUCCUAAGGAUCACUUUGAUAGAAUAUUGGCACCCAGACCCAAGGAAGGGGCCAUGGAUGGAGACUUGGGUUCUGGUGACGGCGGCGCAGCCUUUUUGGAUGUCAUUCUACCCCAUUUGAAGGAUGGUGGAGAAUGCCAUUGGUACGAUUUUGUGGCGGAUCACGAAUUCCCCGACUGUCAACGGACACGAACCCUCUUGGAGAAGAUGGGCGACAAACACAAGCUGGAAAUCAAAAUCUUGCAUGUGGCCAAUGCUGGAAGUGUUGCCAAGCGACAGCUGCGUGUGUGUGUUGACUUUAAGGUAUUCAAGCGAUAG